GGUGUAAUCGAGAGGUUGCAGAACUGCCAGCACGCUGCGGGCGCCACCCACAUCUAGGGCAUCCCAAGCGCAGGGUUCAUCCCAUCCCAACGCGUUCCGAGCGCUAGGCUACGCCCACGUGCCGGAGUCAAACCUGCAGGAAGUGGAUUUGGGGGCUGCCCUGCACCACGCUCGGCUUCAUGGACGGCCAGCCUGUAGCGGCUGAACCCAAGCAUCACUGCCAGUCCCACGCUUGGUCGGGUGCUUCCUCCGCCUCCGCGACACCGAGGGCAAAGCCCACGUCGCCAUCCGAGUCCUCGACGGGCUAUUUCGGCUCCCAGCUCGAGCUCCUCCCGAUCCUCUUUCCUCAGCAGCAGCUCUACCAGGAUAAGCUCCUUCAAUACAACAAGCUCGUUUCGGCCGGUCGGGGCGGUGGAGGUGGUUUGCAGACGCCGCCACUCCCUCCUGUGCUUUCCUCCCCGCAAACAAAACCCUCCACGCGGUCGAGGUCAUCUUCCAAGGUGUCAAACAAGGACAACACCCACACAAAACUGGCCGCCCAAAGCUGUCAUGGGAAUAGACCAGCGAAAUCAUCAGAGAUCGCCGAACGCGCGCUUAUGAAAUCGGGAAAGGAACAGCCGUCCAAAAUGCCGGCCAAGAAAUCGUCCGAGGUGUCCGCCCGGCUCCCGCCCUCCGCCGCCCAAAGCGCGCCAUUCGCUGCCGCACAGUCGAGCUCGGUGCCAUCGACUCCUCAUCAGCAUCCUCGAAAAUACUCGUUCGAAUCCCGCGAGCACUCGCCCGGCGCCACGCAAAACCAUUCCCCACGCUCCGCCUACUCCGAGACCAACGGCAAUGUGCCCUCUCUCCGACCGCUUCCCCCUAGGCUUGGAGGGUGUCGGUUUGAGACCGCGGUCCCCCACUCGCGCCGCCGCAUGCCCUACAGUCUUGGGACCGACAGGCUCGAAAAUGUGGGCGCGGACAAGAUCAAGAACAAGCUAUCGGAAGAAGGGGAGGCGAAGCUCGAAACCCACAUCCAGGAGUUGUUCAGCAGGCUAUUACCGACAGAUGCGAUCGAGAGCAACCGGCGAAAGCUGGUUAGCAAACUCGAGAAGCUCUUCAACGACGAGUGGCCAGGCCACGACAUCCGGGUAAACUUGUUCGGUUCAUCUGGGAACCUCCUGUGCUCCGAUGACUCUGACGUUGACAUCUGCAUUACUACCCCCUGGCGGGACCUGGAGAGCGUCUGCUUAAUCGCCGAUCUUCUACAGCGACACGGUAUGGAAAAGGUUGUCUGCGUCUCGUCCGCCAAGGUCCCCAUCGUGAAGAUCUGGGACCCCGAGCUGAAUCUGGCUUGCGACAUGAAUGUCAACAAUACGCUGGCCCUGGAGAACACCCGCAUGGUGCGGACCUACGUUAGUAUCGACGACCGCGUGCGGCCCCUGGCCAUCAUCAUCAAGUACUGGACGCGGAGGAGGAUCAUCAACGAUGCAGCAUUCGGCGGAACCCUGAGUUCCUACACCUGGAUUUGCAUGAUCAUUGCGUUCCUCCAACUGCGCGAGCCUCCUGUGUUGCCCGCGCUCCACCAACGGCAUAACCUAAAGCUUCUUAAACCGGACGGCACGCGCAGCGAAUUUGGCGAUGACAUUCCAAAACUGCGAGGUUUCGGCGCGAAGAACAAAGACAGCCUGGCGACCCUCCUCUUUCAGUUCUUCCGCUUCUACGCCCACGAAUUCGACUACGACAAGCAUGCCUUGUCAAUACGAACGGGGAGACUGCUAACCAAGACGGAAAAGAAGUGGCACAUUGGUUCGAACAACGCUCUCUGUAUCGAGGAGCCGUUCAACACAAUACGCAACCUCGGGAAUACGGCCGAUGACACAUCCUUUCGGGGGCUCCAUAUGGAGCUGCGGAGGGCUUUCGACUUGAUUGCCGAAGGAAAGUUCGAGCAGUGGUGCGAGGAGUACGUCUUCCCCAAAGAAGAGGAGAGGAUAUGGCAGAAGCCGGCGCCGGCGCCAAGGCCGAUCCUUGUGAGGAGCGCUUCGCAACAGCACGGUGGUGGCGGUCGCAACCGCGGCGGGUUCCGCGGCAACCGGCAGUUUCACCGGAAUAACAACGCGAAUCGCAGGGGGUCGUCCGGUGUUGGUUACGAAAAUAACCAAGCUUUCGCCCAAGGAACGCUCCCUCCUACAUUGAGUACUCAAGACCUUUUGUGGUACCAAGCCCAGAGCCCGCAGCUCAGCGUGCCCCAGGAGUUCUUAACAUCAUCGCUCAAUGCUCUAGCCGCGCAGGAGACGAUGCGCUUCCAGCUGUACACGCAGCUCAGCCAGCAGCAGGUGCUCGCCCAUGCUCAGCGGAUGCAGAAUGGCUCGGCAACGGACAGGUCUCGCACCAACUCCUUCGACAACCCGCCGUUGACAGCCCCCAUCCGGCCUGAACUUAUGUACAACCUGGGAUAUCCGAUUCAACCAUCCCCGUAUUUCCAUCCGGGGUUUACGACUUAUCCUUCGUCGCCGGCAACGGCGGCUGCAACAGCCAACGGGCAGUCUGAAUAUCGGCGGAGCCUUCAUCGUAACGCGGCAGCGAGUGACGCGGGCACCUCGCCUGGCAGUGGUACCCUUAGGUCGCAAUCCCAGCCAGCUUCGAGGACCCCUAUGGCUACGUCCCAAUCCAUGGCCGGAUACUCGACGUCUAGCCAGGCCUAUAACGGGGCCUCCGCAUCCCAGUCACGCCAGGUGAACGGCGUGCACAUGAAUGGCUUCAUCCCAGACGAGGCAAGUGAUUUGGGAUUUGACGAUGCGUCUGCGAAGGUUUUGUCGGACUCGCCACCACAAGACGACGGGCCGCGUUAUGUGGGGUAUUAUGUGAACGAUUACUCGAGCCAGAGUCGGCAAGCGAACGGAUAUCUCAGCAACGGUACGCCCAGCAACGGCAAGGCGUCCGGCGAGCCGAGCCAGAACGGCCAGGGCGGUGGAGGGCGCCGCCGGUUGUCGACUGAUCAACUGCCCCAAUCUGUACUUGAUCGGAGGAUGAAGCGGACGUCGCGGUCGCCUUCACCCAUGGGACACGCCAGGAAUAUAUCGACUGGGGCGAAUUCCGCGCCGAUGCUCUCGACACCCUUCAAUCAAACCAACGGGAAGCUGCCGUCGAAGCCCUUGGUGGUCAAUGGAACGGCACCCAAAAACGCUUCCACUGCUGGGUCAGCGCAUCCGGCAGCGGUCACCGAAUCCCUUGCAACGAAUGGCAUCAACAAUCAUGACAAUGCUCUGCACAUCCAAGGCGUGAGCCCCAGCAGCUCGUGGCCGGAUUCGCAGACCACUCCCUCACCCAGCAGCGCCGAGCCUGUCGCAACGCCAGCUUCGCAGCGGCCAAUCAUUGUGAACGGCUCCUCAACGAACCGCUCCCCUUCCACCGCCAUGCCGAAUAUGAUAGACGCAUCCUUCCAGCAGCGGGUUGCCAUGGGGCCCGGGCUUCAGCUACCUUAUUCAGCAGUUGCUGGCGAUCCCAACAAUCUGGCAGGCUUUUCACGGAUCCACACUCGGCAGCAGCUAGCGCCACUGGACCUCGCCAUGGGAGACUUUGCAUCCCACCAGGAGUCGCCGCAUCUCUCCCCUGUGUACGAGCACCGCACCCCGUCACCAACAGUGGCGCGGAGGUUCGAACCAUCGCCCAUCACCCAGGCGCCAGGACUGCCGUCGAUGAAGGAAUACUCCAAGCCGUCGCACAAGGGUUCCAACCACAACAACAGCAGGUCACCGAACGGCUCGUCGGCACGCCAGCAGCAGCAUCAACAGGACUCGACGACCCGGUCACCCGUUCACGACCACAGGAUCAACGGGCUCGCGAGAGAGAAUGGACACGUCCGCGCCGCGAAGAGUCAAACCGAGUCCUUCAACGGCUGGCAGAAGUCCAAAUCGCGUAAAAAGGGUGUCGCGGACCUCAAGCACGCCGCGGCCAAUAGCAACGGUGGCGGAAAUAGCAACAGCUUUUCCUCCCACAGCGAGCCGCCGCCCAAGAACGACGCCGACCGCAAGGGCGGCUGAACAAUCCGCUCUUCAGGGGUGGUAUUGCGGUGUUGUACUUGAGCUACUAGCCAGCCUGGAAGCUUGCGUAUGCCAGCCUCCGAGCCGGAUCAGGCCAGGCCAGGCCGCGCGGUGGGCGUUCAGAUUGACUGGCCGGGUGGGCGAGCUUUCUUGGAUACUUCAGUGUCCAUGGUUUCCAGUCUCUGGCCCAUCUGUUUACGAGGUCUUCCUCUC